AUGUUAGGAGGUUUAGAAAAGCUAUUCAACAACACAUUCGAAAAAAGCCCGUUCACGGCGGAAAGUUACAAUGUCAAUGCCACCACGACUUUCAAUGAGCCAUUCGAGUUCGAUUGUGUCGCCAACAACAACAACUACAACUACAACGGGAUGUACUUGAACCAGAAUGUCGAUAUUGGGGAUCUGGAGAAUAGGUACUUCACUACCUCUCCACCUUCUAUUGGUUCUGAUGUUUCCUUCACGAUGCAGGAACCUACUGAUCAACAGAGUAACAAUUACGGAUCCUCUUCGUCAUCGGUCACACAGUCACCAAUGAAAUUCCCAAUCAUGGUGCAAAGAGAGGCUAUCCCUGAGGAUUACUUUCCAGAACAAGAGGAACUUGAAAAUUAUACACUGAUCAAACAAAUCGGUCAAGGUGCUUUCGCAAAAGUUUUCAAAGCUGUCCCCUCGAGAAACGGGUCCAGAGCAUACCUUUUGAAUAAUUAUAGAGAGGUCGCCAUUAAAGUCGCUAGGAAACCUGUGGCAGCUAAUGGGAACGACCCAAUGGUUGAACAACUUCAAUCUCAUAGUCGACACCACCAGCACCACCAGCACCACCAUCACCACCAUCAUCACAGGGGGAACAAGAAGACCCCCAAGACAACAAAACCAGAGGAGAUAAUGAGUGAGGUUGCCAUACAUAGAACCGUGUCUCAGGGGACCCCACAGAUUGUCCAAUUUUUGGACUUCCAAGAAUCACCAUCGUACUAUUUUGUUGUUUUAGAGAAAGUAGAUGGAGGUGAAUUGUUCGACCAGAUUAUCAAGUACACCUACCUCUCCGAGGAUCUAUCCAGACAUGUCAUCAGACAAGUCGCACUUGCGGUAAAGCAUUUGCAUGUCCAUGGGGUAGUCCACAGAGAUAUCAAACCAGAAAACAUCCUAUUUGAACCGAUCCAAUACGUCCCAUCUGAGAGACAACAUUUCAGGAAAUCGGAUGAUAGGUCCACAAAAGUCGAUGAGGGGAUGUUUUUCCAUGGGAUUGGUGGUGGUGGGAUUGGUACUGUCAAAUUGACGGAUUUCGGUCUCUCCAAAUUGAUCUACGAAACGAAAACGAACACUCCCUGUGGUACUUUGGGAUACACAGCACCAGAGGUCAUUCGCGAGGACAAUUACUCCAUGAAGGUAGACAUGUGGGGGAUUGGAUGCGUGCUUUACACCAUAUUAUGUGGAUUCCCACCAUUCUUUGACGACGAACCAAGUCUACUGAGGAAAAACAUCUGCGAGGGGAACUACACUUUCUUAGAACCAUGGUGGAACGAGAUUAGCAUUGACGCGAAAAGAUGCGUUUCCCGUCUACUGGAGGUCGACCCGGCGAGAAGGUAUGAUGUCGAUGACUUGCUCAACGACCCAUGGCUGAACAGCAGCAACUACGACGCUCAAGCACCAUGCGAGGAUGACCUAGAAACCAUAAUGGGCCCCCCAUCUGUAUCGCUGCAUUCCAACGAUACGACAACCACACCAGUCCCAAGUGUCAGCCGAGCAGAUAGAACUACAAUGCUCCACAAUGCAUUCGUCCAAAGCAACGACGUUCAAAGAUCGAGAGACGAUAAACGCCAGGUCAUACUAGACACUGGCAUGAUUGCCCCCGCAACACAGCAAACAAGACAGUAUAUUGGCGAGCAGAGGUUUCAACAGAACGGUGUAUCCAAUUUUCUGGGUCUUAACUUACAAGGUUCCAGUCUCUGGAGGAAGAGAAACCACGGUAUCGCUAACCAAAUGAGGCAUUCCCCAUUGGAUAAUCAGUUCACAUGCUAG